GCGGAAACGUUAUUCGGCGGGGAACAUAUUUAGGCGUAACACCGGAAACUGUAGCAGAAACGAACAUCUUCCACCGGCUUCGGGCUCCUUCUCUUUGUCCGUCCUGCUCUGUCUCGAAGCGACAUUCACAGCAACACCAUGGCCAAUGUAGCCGAUACGAGACUAUACGACAUUCUCGGAGUGUCUCCGUCCGCAACUGAAAACGAAUUGAAGAAGGCAUACCGUAAAUUGGCAAAAGAAUACCACCCUGACAAAAAUCCAAAUGCAGGAGAUAAGUUCAAAGAAAUCAGCUUUGCCUAUGAGGUGCUGACCAACCCUGAAAAGAAGGAACUUUAUGAUCGCUAUGGAGAACAAGGCUUGCGGGAAGGAGGAGGGGGUGGUCCUGGGAUGGAAGACAUCUUCUCCCACAUCUUUGGUGGUGGGCUCUUUGGCUUCAUGGGUGGGCAGGGGAACCGCUCGAGGAAUGGGGGACGAAGACGAGGCGAGGACAUGGUCCAUCCACUCAAGGUGUCCCUAGAGGACCUGUACAACGGCAAAACAACAAAACUACAACUUAGCAAGAACGUACUAUGUAGUGGAUGUAAUGGACAGGGAGGCAAGACGGGCGCAGUGCAGAAAUGUACCACAUGUCGGGGGCGUGGAAUGCGUGUCAUGAUCAGGCAGCUGGCCCCGGGGAUGGUCCAACAGAUGCAGUCUGUUUGUACUGAUUGUAAUGGAGAAGGUGAAGUUAUCAGUGAAAAGGACCGUUGUAAAAAGUGUGAAGGCAAGAAAGUAGUGAAGGAGGUAAAAAUCCUGGAAGUGCAUGUGGAUAAAGGCAUGAGGCAUGGCCAGAAAAUUACCUUUGGGGGAGAAGCUGACCAGGCACCAGGCGUGGAGCCCGGGGACAUAGUCCUUGUCCUGCAGUCUAAAGAGCAUGAGACAUUCAGACGCGAUAACAACGACCUGUUCAUGAACCAUAAGAUUGGCCUGGCGGAGGCGCUGUGCGGCUUCCAGUUUAUGCUGAAGCACUUAGAUGGGAGACAGAUUGUUGUCAAGUAUCCUGCUGGAAAAGUUAUUGAACCAGGCUCUGUCAGAGUGGUGCGAGGAGAAGGCAUGCCGCAGUACAGGAACCCCUUUGAGAAGGGAGAUCUGUUCAUCAAGUUCGAUGUCCAGUUCCCUGAUCACAACUGGAUCAGCCCAGAGAAACUUACGGAGCUGGAGGACAUGCUUCCCUCCAGGUCAGAACCGCCCAUCAUCAGCGGAGACACGGAGGAGGUCGACCUGCAGGACUACGAUGCCAGCCAGAGCUCAUCAUCAUCAGGUGGCCGCCGAGAGGCGUACCACGACAGCUCCGAUGACGAGAGCAGCCACCACGGAACAGGCGUGCAAUGUGCCCACCAGUAGUCUCUCCCUUUCUUUCUUACACACACACACGCACACACACACUACCAUUCAACCUGUGAAUAAGUUUAGGCUGAAGACAGAUCCAGUACAUCCGAUAGACUCAUGUGCCUGACAUUGUUACUAUUAUCAUCUUGAGUGCACUUUUCUUAUUUGUGUCUGAAGAACUUUUGCAGGGGCAGUCGGAUUCUCGCGGUGCACCUUGUUCAGAUUUAGACCCUUAACACAUAAUCUAAAGUAUUGCAGAUCUAUCAUUCAGGCCCCUCCUCCCUUUCCCUGUCUAAAUCCAUUCCUCUCAUCUAAUGGAGCUUCAGAACAGAAAGAUUGCUGAGUGUGACUUGCAUUGUGAUUUUUGUUUUCAUAGUAUUUACAUUAAUUUAAAAGCUAGCGUACAGAAACAACUGAACGAUGUGAUGAAGAUUCUGUCUGUCGUCCUUUCCUGAGUUCCACUCGGCACCGUUUGUAGGACUUGUUUCUGAUUUUUACACCUUUGUUUUCCUUAAUAGGAUUUUACUUGUUCUUCUUUUACAUUUUAAAUCAAGCGGAGGUUUUGUUUUUCAUUAAAGUGGUUUUUGGUGAGCUUCUUCAGCUGAUAGUAUUUGGAGCUGUUAUUUAAAAAAAAGAGGAAAAGGUUAAGUGACAAAACUAAUUAUAGUCUGUGUCCGUGCGGAGACCAUGUGCAUGUACAAAGCUUUGUUUUUUGCACUUAUCAAACACAAAGUAAAGCAACACAUAAAAAGUCUAUAAAGUUGUUGAGUAAAUUGUUAUUACCAUG